ACCGCACGGAUGUGGAUCUUAUCCCAGAUGUCACCAUCCCUCUCCUACCUCUCGUUCGCUCCCGUUGAAGCUCACUGCUUGUGGCCCUCUUAUUGCAUAUACAUCAGUGCUCCUAUUGUAUUCGACAUUUUCCUGAAGACAAAUGAAUUGUACGCUGAAAGGGAAGGAACUUGCGAAAUGGAGGAUGGAGAAUGGGCUUUAAGGUGUAUAAAAGCAGCUGUUCAUCCACCUAGAGAGCAUCUUUCAGAUAAUCGCAUUUAAGAGACCAUCUAGCUUACAUUUGUGCCACCACAUUGUUCAGGACUCGACUCAUCGCCAUGUCCAACAGCCAGACACCAGCUAAUACCGAAAAUACGUCCGUCCAGUCGUUUCAAGACGGCACCAACACGAGUGAUGCCCAAGCAGUUCAAGACGGAUCCAAAACUCCGCCUGACAGCAAAACACAGUCUCGCUCUGAUUUGGGAAAAAAUCCAACUCCAGCUCAAAUUAACAAUGGGGUCUCGGCCAACUCUACCGAGCUAGGGAACUCUGGACUGGGCUCUCAAGGCCGCGUCGUCGAUGAUUAUUUGAAGGACAUGACUACUGAAGAAGCUAGAACGCUGGGGUUGGAUAGCGAUUCUUGGACAUCAAAAGCGUGAGGAGCU